UGCAAUGUUAAAAAAUAUACAAAAUAUGUUUAGAAUUAUUUUAUUUGUUCUCAUUUGUGCAGAGUGUCGUGUUUUGACUAAUCGUGGUAACCCCACUGAAAAUCUUCAUAAAACAUAUGCGUAUCCUGAUCGCUCACUGAAAAUAUACAAACGUCAAAUUUCUUGUCCAGUCGACUUUACUUGCAGUCAACCCCUGAAUUACGAGGCAACUAAACAAUUUAUUUGUAAUGAUGAUUGUCCUUCAGGUUACAUGUGUUGUGAAGAUUCUUGUUUCGUACAUAAAAUAUGUAAAGAAGUUAUAGAGAGUUGUCCCGUUGAGAAAUAUCCUUGUCGCGAACCAUUUUCCGAAACACAGUGGACCGAAUUCGCUUGCCAAGUUGGAGAUUGUCCUGCAGGCUAUGCAUGUUGUUCUGACAGCUGUUUUAAAUUUAAAAUAUGCAAACAAUCUAGAGAAGAGAUUUAUACUACUGAUACUGCUGUAACACUAGAGCAAAAACCAAAUCAGUCUGUUACUACUGCUAAACUAUCGUAUGAUGAAACAAAUGGGCCAGUUACUACAGAAACGCCUAAAAUUACAAGCGUGUUAAUCAGGACAGUUACUCCCGACAAAGAUGACACUAAAACAACUACAUCAAGUAGUAACAUUUUUACCAGAACCCAAUCAUUAUUUGUUUCUCAAGAUUAUGAAGAUAGUGAAACUGAUGAUGAAACUGUAUCUAAUACUGAUACAUCAGAUGUAAUCACUAGCUAUCAUUUGUCAAGUACUACUCACAAUAGUUAUCAAGUAUUUAAAGAGGAAACUAAAACAACUGAUGUGAGUUUAGCAGAUUCUUUAAAUAAUUAUGAUGGACGUGGAAUUGAUACUGAAGAUGAUGAAAAAGAUUAUGCUGAAGCAACCACAUCAAUCAAAAAUAAUUUUACUCAGACACCAGAUUCUGUCAAAACAGAGGCUGAAACUGAAAUAUCUAAUAUGACCACCAGCUAUCCAAGUAGCAGUGACACUAGUUAUGACGUAUUUAAAGAGAAAACAAAAGCAACAACUGUGAGUAUAGUAGAUUUUUCAAAUAAUUAUGAUAGUAGUGGAGUUGACACUGAAAACACUGACGACUAUCAUGGUGAAGCAAUCAUAUCAAGUGGAAAUAAUUUUACUCGGACACCAAAUUCAGACACAACAGACGAUGGAAAUAGUCCGGUUGAUAAUAUGUCACUGGAUCUUGCAAUUGAAAUAUUUAAUAUAACCACUAGAUAUCCCUCAUCAGGCAAUAGUACGUAUGCUAUCAAUGAAGUAUCUAAAGGGGAAACUAAAACAUCUGCUGCGAGUACAACAUAUUCUUCAAAUAAUUAUAAUGGUAAUGGAAGCAAUACUGAAGACGGUGACGAAGAUUAUAUGGAAGGAACUACAUCAAGCAGAAAUAAUUUGACUCAGACACCAAAUUCUGAUACACCAGAGAAUGGAAAUGGCACGGAUGAUGAGGACAUCUCAUUUGAUCUUGAAACUAAAAUAUUUAAUUUAACCACUAUAGAUCCUUCAUUAGGUAAUAGUACUUAUGCUAGUAAUGAAGUAUCUGAAGGGGACUCUAAAACGGUUAUUGUGAGUACAGUAGAUUCUUCAAAUAACUAUGAUGGCAGUGGAAAUGAUAAUAAAGACGAUGACGAAGAUUAUGGUGAAGUGACCGAAGAUUAUGGUGAAGUGACCACAUCAAGCAGAAAUAAUUUGACUCAGCCAACAAAUUCUAACACAACAGAGAAUGUAACUAAUCUGGUUGAUAAAGAUAUCUCAUUUGAGCUUGAAAUUAAAAUAUUUAAUAUAACCACUGUAUAUCCUCCAUCAGCUAAUAGUACUUAUGUUAGUAAUGGUGUAUCUGAAGGGGAACCUAAAACGGUUAGUCUGAGCACAGUAGAUUCUUCAAAUAAUUAUGAUGGCAGUGGAAGCGACACUGAAGACAGUGACGAAGGUUAUGUAGAAGCAACUACAUCAAGCAGAAAUAAUUUGACACCAAAUUCUGAUACACCAGAGAAUGGAAAUGACACAGGUGAUGAGGACAUCUCAUUUGAUCUUGAAACUGAAAUAUUUAAUUUAACCACUAUAGAUCCUUCAUCAGGUAAUAGUACUUAUGCUAGUAAUGAAGUAUCUGAAGGGGACUCUAAAACGGUUAUUGUGAGUACAGUAGAUUCUUCAAAUAAUUAUGAUGGCAGUGGAAGUGAUACUGAAGACGAUGACGAAGAUUAUGGUGAAGUAACCACAUCAAGCAGAAAUAAUUUGACUCAGACCCCAAAUUCUAACACAACAGAGAAUGUAACUAAUCUGGUUGAUAAAGAUAUCUCAUUUGAGCUUGAAAUUAAAAUAUUUAAUAUAACCACUAUAUAUCCUCCAUCAGCUAAUAGUACUUAUGUUAGUAAUGGAGUAUCUGAAGGGGAACCCAAAACCGUUAUUGUGAGCACAGUAGAUUCUUCAAAUAAUUAUGAUGGCAGUGGAAGCGACACUGAAGACAGUGACGAAGGUUAUGCAGAAGCAACUACAUCAAGCAGAAAUAAUUUGACACCAAAUUCUGAUACACCAGAGAAUGGAAAUGACACAGAUCCUUCAUCAGGUAAUAGUACUUACGCCAGUAAUACAAUAUCUGAAGGGGAAUCUAAAACGGUUAUUGUGAGUACAGUAGAUUCUUCAAAUAAUUAUGAUGGCAGUGGAAGUGAUACAGAAGACGAUGACGAAGAUUAUGGUGAAGUAACCACAUCCAGCAGAACAAAAAUUACUCAGUUACCAAAUUCUAACACAACAGAGAAUGUAACUAGUCUGGUUGAUAGAGAUACCUCAUUUGAGCUUAAAACUGAAAUAUUUAAUAUAACUACUAAAUAUCCUUCGUUAGGUAAUAAUACUUAUGUUAACAAAGAAGUAUCUACAGGGGAAACUAAAACAACUGCUAUCAGCACAGUAGGUUCUUCAGAUAUAUAUUAUGAUGCUAGUGGUGGUGAUAGGGAAGAGGAUGACGACAAUCAUACCAAAACUCCUUUUCUUCCACAGUACAAUAAGGGCAGAGCAAUUGAUGAUGACGACGUAACUAAAUCUCGUAAAGAAGUAUUAAAUGUAACAACUAUAUAUCCUUUAUCAAGCAUCGCUGUUUAUACUAGUAAUGAAUCUGAAGGAAAUACUAAAAUGUCUGGCAUGAGUAACGUAAGUGACACAAGCAAAUCCAUUAAUAACAGUCCUGUUAUCACUAACACAAAUGUUGAUGACGAGGACAACGAUAAUGAUGAUGACAGUGGAUACACUGAUCCCAGUGGUGAUGAGGAUACGAUUGACAUACAACAACUCAACAACAUGUAGGGACUGAAUAUUCAAUAGCUUUACACGAUGUUUACAGAAGCAGUAUAAAAAACUUUUUAUAAUGAUUUCUUUGAAUAGAAUACAUUUACUUAGAAACAGUGCCAUAUUUGUGUAUCUUAGUGUGGAAAUUUCUCAAAAGACAGGUUGUUUAUUAGAUACAUAUCAUAAUAUGCAUUUGUUUGAGAUGUUUUGUAAUAUUUUAAUUAAACCAAUUUUUGUUUCAUAAUUCAAAUAUGUAACUACAAAGUAUGUACUUUAAUAUGACUA